UUGAAAGUCACCAACGGCUUUAUUGUCUGAAACACAGAGAACUGAGAUGAUAGGGUUGUGUAAAAGAGAGACUGUGAUCAGUAAGUAGCCUGAAGGGUGAAUGCUGCAGUCAGACCAGCUGAAUUCAGUGAUCGCGGUGACUUUCUCUCUCUCUCUCUCUCUCUCUCUCUCUCUCUCUCUCUCUCUCUCUGUGUGUGUGUGUGUGUGUGUGUGUGUGUGUGUGUGUGUGUGUGUGUGUGUGUGUGUGUGUGUGUGUGUGCUGUCGUGGAGGAAUGCAGCAGCACGGUCAGUCAGACACAUUCCUGUCUGUCUGUAGUUCUACAGAGCACACAUAAUUUUAGGGGAGCACGGAACAGCAAGGCAGUCCAACGUUAAGUUCUCUGACAGGGUGUACCAGCAGUAGAAGCUCUGCAUUGACCUGUGCCAUGAAGACCCAGAAGGCCAGAGUUGUUACAACAACUUCACCUUCCUGCCGAGGGAAGUCUCGCUUCAGCUUACGAGGCAGAAAGAAGAAGGACAGUGUUAUCCAAGGCAAGCUUCGCAUCCGCUCCAUGCCUGGAGCCUUCCUGGUCCUGGGGGUCAUCGUGGUGGUUGUUGGCACUGCUCUGGCUGUGGCGGGAUACUGGCCAUACCGGAUAUCGAGAUCAUCCAUCCUGGGAGCUGCAGAGGGGGAAAGUAUCUCAGAGUCGCAGACUUCUGGCUGGAGUCUGGGAGCUCAGGGCCUCCUAUCCGCAGCCAGCUUUAUCCACAGUGAGCGGAUGAAACUGCUGGGACCUGUCAUCAUGGGGGUGGGACUCUUCAUUCUCAUAUGUGCCAACACAGUCCUGUACGAGAACAGGGACAGAGAGACUCAGAUGCUGCUGGCUCAGAUGCGCAGUGUGAUCUGCUCGGUCUCUGCGGCUGUGCCCUCAGCGGACCUUAAAGAAAUAGCAGCAGCCAACUCGAUGGCCAAACACUACCAGUGGGUAAGCAGUUUACCAGCUGCCCAUCUCAACAUCCUCUGUCUGCAGCAGAUGACCAGCUCUGAGCCCUUGCUUCAGACCAGACAUCCCAGAGACCAGGAGGACAGUGUGGAGGGCAUCUACCAGCAAGCUGUUCUCCAGACAGAAGCCCUCCACCACCAGGAGUCAGAGCCUCCACCUUCCCUCGACUGCUCCGACUCCAACUCAUGUAAUUCCAGUCCGACAGAAUGUUGUGCACAGUCUGCAGCCCACAUGGCCAGCACCAGCUUAAAUCUGCAGUUCACCCCAGUCGUCAAGCUCAACAACUGUCUGAUGUCUGCCAGCUCAAUGUCCACAUUGGGGGUGGACGAGGUGGAUAUCCCAGCUGACCAGCCAAGACGCUGCCACAGUAUGAGCUACAGGACUAACCCAUACAUACGAACUGGUGUGCAUCUUGAGGAAAGAUUCCACACAGCUGGAGAGGAGGGUCAAAUAAAGCAGCUGGUAGUGAUGAGGAGAGAUGCUGGUUCACAGGUUUGCGUGAACAUCCCCGGGCAGGUUGUGGAUGCUGCAGAGGAGCAAACACACCGAAGCUGGCCUCGCCUAGACUUGGGCAGCGGGAGACGAUACCUGAAACUAGAGAACAAAGAGGACUCAGUGGACAAACUGCUGGACCAGUUAGAGCAGCAGUGUUCUCAGUGGGAUAAGAGUUUUGGCUCUGGGCCUUUCCAGUGAUUGGCUGUCCUUCACAGUCCUGAGGGUACUUUAGGAUACAAACACCCUGACAACCAAGGAGUAAUGAUAUUUUUGCCUGGAUUCUAACACUGCACGAUAGUUUUGGUUUUAAAUACUGUGCAGAGAGGAACUGAGUCCUGGAUCAUUUGGAAUGCAGUAUUUCUCACAGGAAUCUUCCAAAACUUGUUCUCAAUCUUAAGUGGAAUAUUGAUACACAGAGGUUAUUUGCUUGGCUGGAUUUGGCAGAUGUUUUCUAUAAUUGAAGGAGAGGAACAAUAUACAGACCCUACACUGUCACAGUUGAGCGAAGCUAUUUGACAGACUGUUUACUUCUGCAGUUUGGUUUGCAGCAAUGCAAGAAAUCAACUUGCAUCUCAAUGCCAAAAUGGGUUUGCCUGUUUCCAGGUCACAGUGUGCACAAGCUAGAGAAGAAGAGAUAGAAUGGUGCGGGAAUGCAGAGAUUUGUUUUCACUGUGCAAUCAAUUUUGAACCAAACUACCAGGACCCCUGAGCCCAUAAGGUGCUGACAGCUCUUGACAAAUGCAACUAGUAUAUAAAAAUGGGUCUUUUUCCUCAGCUGAGGAGGUCCCAUACUCUAAAUGCAAUGCAUGACAGUGAUGUACAGUAUGUUACAUCGUAAUACUUAUGCAGAGUAAUGUCAUUGUUAUGUGUAUAAGAAGUAAUGAUAGUUGAAAGGUAAUUCUUGUUUAUUAUUACUUGGGUCUUAUUUUCUUAGGGUUGGCCAUUAUUUCUACACAAUAACAGUGUUUUCACCAAGUUCUUUGCCAAGAUCUGGGAACACGAUGACAUAACUACAACUGUCUGUCUCUGAACUGUGAUGCAUGUUUGUCAUGGAAAGUUUAAGUAAUAAUAAUAAUACAGUUUGCCUUCAUUUUCUUCUGCACCGUUUUCACUAAGGGUCCUUCCCAACAGUUAUACAGGCGCAUAACGGCACAUACCCCAGUAACCUUCACACACCUUAUAAGCAGUAUAUAAACAUUUCAAGCUGCAGUAAGUAACUUUUAUUAAACUAACUCAAUUUCUGAAACACACAUGACAGUAGUACAUGAAACAGAUAAUCUGUGAAAAAAUCUGGUUCCUCUGGCUCCUCCUAGUGCUCCUAAUGGUAAUUGCAAGAAUCCACCGGGCCUGAACAAAAACAACCAAUCAGAGCCAAGCCAAAUAGUUGUUAUUCUCAUUCCCAGGGCCAUUUUAUGUAUGUACAUGUUAAAAUGCUCUUAUAUCUGCAUACAACCACAUUAUAGUGUGUUAUAAACCAUUUAUGAAAUCUUUUUAUAUGCUUAUGAAUGCUAAAUAGGGGGUCUUAAAGUAAGGUGUUACCAAUUUGGUUAACAAACCUAUUUUAUCUUCUGACUACUGAGGACUACUACUGUUUUAUGGUUUUAUGAUUUUAUUAUUACUGAUAAGAAGGAUGGCCAAAACUAUGAAAAUAAGACCCAAGUUAAAGAAAAAUGAAUUAUCCUUAAUGAAGGAGGCUUUCUCUUUGUGUUCCCUCACCCUGUUGAUGCAGUAUUGGCUCCAGUUAGUUAGCUGGCUAUGUGUCAUGGAGGGAAUAGAAAAUAAAUCAGUCUCAUGGACCCCUCCUUCCUUGUCCUACCCCCCUCCCUUUACACCAUGUACAGAUGUGAAGAGGCGACCCCUCCAUGUUUGAAACAACAGUUAUACUCUGGGUUUCUUUCUGUCUGUGCUGUCUGUUCUGUAUGCCAUGUGUGACACUGUGUGUUCUAAAUGUAUACCAAGCAAUAUGAGCAGCCUGACAGAACAAUCACUGGCUGUGUCCACCAAAUUAAACAAUAUUGCCGUGCCUGUGUUGCAGAUAUAAGGCAAAGUAAAAUCUG